UGCCUGCUGCUCGCCCUGGGCUGCCUGCGCGCCGCCGCCCACGGUGCAAGAGCAAAAUGUGAGGAAUCCCAGUUCCCGUGUAGUAAUGGACGCUGUAUUCCUUUACUCUGGAAAUGUGAUGGUGAUGAAGACUGUUCAGAUAGCAGUGAUGAGACUGCUUGUGUAAAGAAGACAUGUGCUGAAUCUGAUUUUGUGUGCAACAGUGGUCAGUGUGUGCCUAACAGGUGGCAGUGUGAUGGGGAUCCGGACUGCGAGGAUGGAUCCGACGAGAGUGCUGAGCUGUGCCAUAUGAGAACAUGCCGGGUAAAUGAAAUCAGCUGUGGUCCUCAGUCAACCCAGUGUAUCCCAGUGUCCUGGAAAUGUGAUGGUGAAAAAGACUGUGACAGUGGAGAAGAUGAAGAGAAUUGUGGCAAUGUGACCUGUAGUCCAGCAGAGUUCACAUGCAGUAGUGGGCAGUGUAUUUCCAAGAGCUUUGUCUGCAAUGGCCAAGAUGACUGCAGUGAUGGCAGUGAUGAGCUGGAGUGUGCACCCCCCACCUGCGGUGCUCAUGAGUUCCAGUGCAAGAGCUCCACUUGCAUCCCUGUCAGCUGGGUGUGUGAUGAUGACGCUGACUGCUCUGACCAGUCAGAUGAAUCUCUAGAGCAGUGUGGCCGCCAGCCUGCCCCUCCUGUGAAAUGCUCUGCCAGUGAGGUGCAAUGCAGCUCGGGUGAAUGCAUCCACAAGAAGUGGCGCUGUGAUGGAGAUCCUGACUGCAAGGAUGGAAGUGAUGAAAUCAACUGCCCUUCUCGAACCUGCCGACCAGACCAGUUCAGAUGUGAAGAUGGGAACUGUAUCCAUGGGAGUAGGCAAUGCAAUGGUGUGAGAGACUGUCUGGAUGGCACUGAUGAAGCUAGUUGCAACAAUGUCAUUCAGUGCUCUGGACCUGGCAAAUUCAAGUGCAGAAGUGGAGAAUGUAUAGACAUCAGUAAAGUGUGUAACCAGCAGAGGGACUGCAAGGACUGGAGUGAUGAGCCCCUCAAGGAAUGUAACAUAAAUGAAUGUCUGGUGAACAAUGGUGGAUGCUCUCAUAUCUGCAGAGACCUUGUUAUUGGCUAUGAAUGUGACUGCCCAGCUGGGUUUGAACUUGUAGACAGGAGAACAUGUGGAGAUAUUGAUGAAUGCCAAAACCCAGGUAUCUGUAGUCAAAUUUGUAUCAACCUGAAAGGUGGCUACAAAUGUGAAUGUAGUCGUGGCUAUCAGAUGGAUCUUGCUACUGGAGUGUGCAAAGCAGUAGGGAAGGAGCCAUGUCUAAUUUUCACCAACCGCCGGGAUAUCAGGAAGAUCGGCCUUGAAAGGAAAGAAUAUAUUCAGCUAGUAGAGCAGCUAAGAAACACUAUAGCUCUAGAUGCUGACAUUGCUGAGCAAAAGCUCUAUUGGGCUGACUUCAGCCAAAAAGCAAUCUUCAGUGCCUCUAUUGAUACCCGUGACAAAGUUGGAAAGCACAUCAGAAUCCUAGACAACAUACACAGCCCGGCUGGAAUUGCUGUUGACUGGAUUUACAAGAACAUCUACUGGACCGACUCAGCUGCAAAGACCAUUUCGGUGGCUAGCCUAGAUGGCACGAAAAGGAAGGCUCUGUUUUUCUCUGAGCUGAGAGAGCCAGCUUCCAUAGCUGUAGACCCUCUCUCUGGCUUUAUGUACUGGUCAGACUGGGGUGAGCCAGCAAAAAUUCCUAAUGGAAUUGCUCUAGAUCUUGUAAAAAGCCGUCUGUACUGGCUUGAUUCUAAACUACAUAUGCUGUCCAGUGUGGACCUGAAUGGCCAGGACCGAAGACUUGUGUUAAAGUCUCAUAUGUUCCUUCCUCAUCCUCUUGCUGUAACAAUAUUUGAGGACCGCGUGUACUGGAUUGAUGGGGAGAAUGAGGCAGUUUAUGGUGCCAACAAGUUUACUGGAUCUGAAUUGGUUACCCUAGUAAACAACCUCAAUGAUGCCCAGGACAUUAUUGUGUAUCAUGAGCUUGUUCAGCCUUCAGGCAAGAACUGGUGUGAAGAGAACAUGGCAAACGGAGGCUGUAGCUAUCUGUGCCUGCCUGCUCCUCAGAUAAAUGAACACUCUCCAAAGUAUACGUGUGCGUGUCCUGCUGGAUACUUCUUGCAGGAGGAUGGUCUGAGAUGCGCAGGAUUCAACAUCAGUGGAACAGUGUCUGAAGUAACUGCUGCCAGAGGGACAUCGGCUGCUUGGGCUGUUCUUCCUGUCUUAUUGCUGGUGAUGGCUGCAGUGGCUGGCUACUUCAUGUGGCGUAACUGGCAACACAAAAACAUGAAAAGCAUGAAUUUUGAUAAUCCUGUCUACCUGAAAACAACAGAAGAGGACCUCACAAUUGAUAUUGGAAGACACAGUAGUUCAGUAGGACAUACCUAUCCUGCAAUAUCCGUCGUGAGCACAGAUGAUGAUAUGGCGUGAGCGUUGGAUCAGCCAUCACUUUGAGUUUACUUGUAUUUUACACUUUUGGGGAUAAUAACCAGGCUUGUGGCUGAGACUUCCUCCAUUCUUGGAAGAAUGAAGAUACUUUCUGUAUGUAUGGACACUUAUGUAAAUACCUAUUUUAUACAGCUUAACAGCAAACCUUGUAAAUAUCUGUCCACAACAAUUCAGCUUUUAGUGGUUACCGUUUUAUCAGUAACCCUUGAAUUGGUCGGUCAGUAACACCACUGGCCAAAUAUAAAGCACUUUCCAUAGAAAGCCAUAUUCCAGCCACAGCUUGUGCUAUAGUGUAACACCUGUACAUAUGUGUAUAGGCCACUUGUAAAUAUUCCUGAAGAACCACUAUUAAGCACUUUGAAAUACUUCAAAUGUAAAUUAUUGUACACUGUGUUUUUUCAAUGGUUGGGGCAAUGGCAAUAGGAAAAAACGGGUUACUGUGAUUGCCAAAAAUUUGUAAACGUCAGUAAUUUUGUAUGUAUGAGUGAAACAAUCUUGUCUGUUAUCUCUUAGAGGUAUACAGGUAUGAAUGCUCUUUGAGAAACCCACUGUAAAUUUUAAAUGCAGAGGAGGGAAAAUAAAGAUAAGCAGUUAAAUUGGUCUCCCUUAUUACGAUACUACUGAAGUAGAAUAGUAAAUGUCUUAAGUAGCCCCUCUUGUUACAUGUGUAAUGGCAGAAGUCAAGAGUGCAUGCACAAGUAAGCUGGUGUCCCCUUGGCUGUGGGAGCAGAGGCAAUCUCUUGUUCUGAGUGGGGUGAAGCUGCCUGUGAUGACGGUCAAACGUGUGAACAAGGCUGGCCUGUGUGCCUUGCAGUCCUUGGUGCUUUGCCUUCAGCAGAUGGAGUGCGUGGAUCUGCCAAGCUCCUCUAGCGCUCUGGGUUGUACCUUGGGAGCUGUUUCCUCAGCCGAAAGACCUGUUAGACCUGUUAUUUUAGACCACUGGUUAACCACAGCGGCUCUAAGACCAUUUGAAGUACUGGAGCCUUCCGCUUGGAUGACUGAAGAAUAAAUGGUCCACUGUUGUGGCUCUAGGAAGGUGGGAUUUGUCUCGCUGCUGGUGACUGUCUAGUACCAUGCUGCUCAUUCUGGUGUUAGCAGCGUGAAGUCUGUUUCUUCCUCACUGACUGUAUGAGCCUAGUUCAUUGAGGCAGUAGAGAAGGAUCAAGGCUGUGUUAACUUGCAGGUUCUGUGGCCUUCAGACACUUGGCUUCGUGAUCAAGUCUGAAGCCAGGAAAUGGGAAAUUUUUGUGCUUUUUAGCCUAACUGCUUGGAAGUCUCCAGCUGAGCAAAAGCUGGCUUUCCUAGCCAGCAGUAGCUUAUUAAUGACGAAUUCUUGUCCUGUGUAAAGUCAUUCUUCCCUCCUCUGAUGCUACAAGAUCUUGGCCUUGAAUUGCCACCCUCGUGAAAAAUGGCAGGAAGUGCUGCUUUAUUGCUCAUCCUACAGCAGGUAAAAUACAAAGAAUAACUUCUCCCUCAAGGUGAACAUUUUUUUUGUUUGUGUUUUUGAUUGGAUGCAGGUUCAAGGCUACCAGUAGAAGACAUGGCUUGGGAGAAGCUGAAGUUUCCCAGCCAUGCUUUGGUGAUGACUUGUUAAAUCAUUCUCGAUCAACAACAUUUCUAAAAUAGUAACAAUAAAAAAAAUCACAAUGGAACUUGAAUCAGUUCCUGGACUUAGUUCUAAUGCCCAUUCUCAUUGCAACUGUUCUUUUGUGUAUUGUGGGCUCCUUUCCUCACAGAUGAGGAUAGCCGCCAACUUCUGCGGAUUAAAAAUGAGUUGUUUCUAGCAAGUUACUUCUGUUCUGGGAGUUGGGGCUUUAGCCAGCUAUGCCUGGCAGCUCUUGUCUAACUCCAGACGUUUUCAGUAAUUGGAAUGCAUGUGGACUAAAAUUACUUAGCAAAGAUCAGGGAGUAAGGAAACCUCUAAAGUUUCUGGCCAAGAAUAUUGUAUCUAUUUUACUGAAUAGCUUCUGUGAUAAGGUGGGAGGAGAGGUGAUUUUGAUUUUUUUUGUUGUGUUUUUUAGUAGCCUAGUCUUGUAAGGACUACUAAUUUUUGGACAGAAUUCAACUUUUUCAAUUAGAUUUCUAGCUCUAGAUAUUACAACAUAUUUUUAUGGAAAUGUUACAGACCCUAGAAUAGUGCAUGGGUUUUUUUUGGCCAGCUUGUUGGUUAUGAAGUUCCAUGGCAACUAUAAAUACGCUCUUUGCCUCUCUAAUCUUUAAGCAGAAAAUGUACCUCUCCAGUUUCUUGGUAUUAAACUACUGGUAGCAAGGAACUUUACCAAGUGGCACAUUGAAUAGACCAGUAAAGAUGUUUCCUCCAGUUAACAUUCAGCAUUGGAGUUACAGCUUAAAAAUCAGUUUUCAGAAUCUGAGUUCUUACAAACCCCAAGACCUCAAUUUCUGUUUUUUGACUUUACCUCAGCGUACUGAAUGAAGUUGUCGAAGCCGGUAUGUUAGAGCACAAAAGUAGUUUCCAUGGUCUGUAAGGAGACUUAACAUUUAUCCUGAUAAAACUUCUAUGCAUUCAAACAGCAGAAGGGGAGUGGAGUGGGGGUUGUUGGCAGUAGCAGGAGAUGAUAUAAUAUCACCUCUUCUUAGCUGUAGAUGGUUUUUUUGGCUCUUAAUUUCUUUCAAGUUUAUUUUGCCCUGCCCUGUUUGCUUUUGUGUUAUGAAGUCCUUGUUUACUUCCACAGCCUGCUUGGAGAGUAGUCAGGGAUGCGUUCUGUAAAAACACAUCCAGCUUGAGCAGACAAAUGCUUUACUAUCUUUGAACAAUUUUUUUUUUCCUUGACAUUUGGGAGUCUCUUUGCUUUAUUGCUCUUUCAUGUGACAUCUUUGGCACCUAUGAAGGGUGAUAUAGCUGCACUGAAGUCCCUCAGAAGGAGCCUGUAGCAGAGCUAAUUGCUGUUAAAAAUCAUCCUGAGAAUUUGGCCUUGUUUCAGCUGUCUUACUGCAGGCUCAUAGGUUCCCAGAGCAAUGGGACAUCAGUAACCUGUUUAGUUGGAUUUUAUUGGCAACUUGACUUAUGCCCCAUAAAGCAUUUCCUGCCAAUAAGAUACAUAAACAUGGUUUCAGUGGCUUAUUCAAGUAGUAUUCCAUGCUGGCUUUUUUACCUCAGCUGAAAUCAAACCUCUCUAGUUCUCAAUACCAUUUAAUGUCUGUUCAGCAUCUGUUAGCUAGUGUGAGUGCAGAGCUGGAUAUAAAGUGAGCUUUUUCUUUAUCUUACAGUUAUUCAGAUUUCUGUACUGUUACACUGUUCCCCUGCUCCCAUGUCCUUUUCCACCUAUUUGAUCUGCUUUGAGCGGUAGUGUAAAAUCUACAAGACUGACAAAAAUAGAUGACAGACAGAAAGGGAAUUCAUGUGUCUUACUACUUCCCGUCUUUUCUCUACCCUAUUUGUUCCCCAGAUAUUUGUAGUGUGCCUUUUUUGCAAGGUAACUGUAUUUUCCAUCUAUCUAAUGGAAAUGUCUAGGGUUUUUUUUUUAACCAGAUGUUUGCUAAAACACAGUGCAGAUGCAUUCAUUUACUUUUAUGGGGUGCUGAAUCCUGCUUGAUUAAGAAGGGAUGGGGACAAAGAGCCAGGCUGGAAGAAAGAGGAUGGGAGACUUCAGAUAAGGGAAAAGCUUAUAGCUGUGGAAGCACUUUCCUCUGUAACCUUAGACACAAGGAAAGGCCUGCCUCUUCUUGCUGUAGUCCUGCCACAGCAAGCCUGCAACUCCUCGGCAAAUAAAUGUGCUGCUCUUCCUUGUUUGAAGCUGGAGCGCAAGGCAACUGCAACCGUGUUGCUGCUGUUGUCACAUACCUGAAAGAGGGUGCUU